GCCUGAAAUUCCUCUUGCUAGUCUUCCAUUCUGUUAAAUGCUUCGCAAACCAGAGCAAAGGAAGAGACAUGAAGAGUUGAAUUUCACUGCCUUGUUUGGAACUGGGUGGAAAUCCUGGAGAUGGAUCUCUUAGGAGACUGUCUUCCAAUUGGGUUAGAUGCACAGGAGCCAUGGAUCGCCCCAGCUACCUGGAAGAGGACUAUUCUAGCCUGGAUGGGCUGGACGAUGACGUGUUUCACUCUGAUGACUUUGGACUUGCAGGUCAGCCUGGUGAGAUGACUGCAACUGGCAUUUUCACACAGAACCAGUCCUACAGCUGCCUUCUGGGGAGGUUUCAACUAUUCCCCCUCACACACUGCUGUGGUCCCGGUAUCAGGCAUCCUGAGCAGCAGGACAAGGCAACUCAAACACUCAGCCCAUCCUCUUCCAGUCAGGAUGUUAUGUUGCCUUGUGGAGUCACUGAAGAGCCCCGGAGACUCUUCUAUGGGAAUGCUGGUUACCGUUUACAUGUCCCUCCAGUUGGCUUUGCGCUGGAUCCGCACCUCCAAGAGGAGCCUCAGGAAGGCCAGCGGGAGACGCGUGCCGAGGUGCAGAUCGCACGGAAGUUGCAGUGCAUUGCCGACCAGUUCCACCGGCUCCACAUACAGAGGCAUCAGCAGAACAGAAAUCAAGUGUGGUGGCAGCUUUUUCUCUUCCUACACAACUUGGCCUUAAACGCGGAGGCGAACAGGAACCACACUGGGCAGAGGUUCCAAGGCCUACUGAGCAUGCACUGAAGAGGUCUUUGCAGAGUAGCUGUUGCAGCGUGGCCAUGGACAUACAGCAAUUGCUUGAGGAAACAGUUCCAAGGAACAUGGCUUAAGUCCUGUUGGUGAAUGCUCGAGUUUUUAGAUACUAGAUAUUAUUUUCAUGAAAGGAAUAGGACACUGUUUCUCUCUGUGUUUUAAGAUUACAGUCUAACAAUUUGGAAAAAAAAAAAAGUCAGAUCUUUCUCCUAAAACAAAUUCCUAUUUUUAAUGAGCAGUUCUUAAAAAGAGCUUGAGCUACUGAUGGUACCAGUAGCCUUGAAGUAUCUUGCUUGCCUUCCCCAGAUCACCAAAACAGCUUCAGUCCGCAGCUUGCUUUCCUUGAGGGAUGGAGUUCUUCCUAUCUUUAACCAACUUCCCAUUCUUUUGAAUGAAUAUCUUGUAACCUGCUCAUCCCUGGAUCCAGCAAGCUCCUAGGGAAUAGUUAGCUUUACUUUUGUUCCCUGCAAUUCUUGAAAGCUGAGCCAGUAAUCACAAAGUGACUGCCCAGGGCUAGCUGCAAACUGCCUUAAGUAGGAUAGAACAAAGGCAGGGGAGAGGAUUAAUUUACAUGGAAAGGAUUGCCCUUGGAUCUGUGUCAGGCUGCAGCUUUCUCCCAAGGUGCUGAUAAUCCCUGGUGGCACUGAAUUCCUGCAUAACUGAUCACAUAUCUCAGUUUAAAUAGCUGGUUGUUAUUAAAUGUUUGUUGGCUGAAUUCUGUGUAGAGCAUUCCUGAAAGAAACUACCUUAUCAGCCUUUGCUUUGGAGCUGUAUAUCAACACAGGAAUAGAGGCAAGGAACCCAGUUCUUCUUGGUGCAGAAAAGGUGAUUGCAAAGACAUCUUUCUUUCUACUGGCCUUUUACUUUGUCCUCCCAAGCCUGCAUUUAAAGUAUAGACAGCAUGUGCAUGUGAGGUUACUAUGGUCUUGUAGUUUUUCCAUAGCAGUCACUGGAGCUGUACCUAAGGUUGAACUUCAUUCAGUGUGGGGCUUGGGACUUUUCUGGGAAAUUAGAUUCUGCCCAUUAGUAGCCUAGGGAGAAGGGUUGGGCCUUUUACGAACAAGCAAAAUUACUUGAGGCAGUUGUUGCAAUGUGACCCUGUCAACUCUACAGUGAAUUCCACCCUUCCGCUGCUGAUCCAGACGUGUAGCUCUGCUGAAGCUGUGGGAAUGGUGAGACCGUGACAUGAUGAAUGGUGUGCUGUUGAGGGUAUUUUUAAAAAGAAAAAUAGGGAAGAGCUCAACAUAUGUGCUAGGAUCAAAUGAGAAGGCAGAUAUGUGGAGGUCUUGCCUUGUUUUACCAGCAAUAUUUACUGUGGGAUUAGAAGUAAAAGGACCAUGGAAUGCUUGUUCAUAUUCAUGGGAGCUCUGCACAUGGACCAAGCACUCUUGAGUAUUAGCGUAAUUUGACAGCAAAGGUUUUUAAUAAUGUCCUUCCAAAUCUUCUGCCUUUCAAAGUGGCAUUUCUGAUCAUUUGCAAAAAUGCCUGCCUGUUGCCUUUGAUUGUUUUAGCAAGAAGAAAUACCUCAAGGAAUUGAUAAAAGAUCCUAGGACAAUCUUUUACAGUUCCUAAAGAUUUCAGUGGUCUCUGUUUCUUUGGUUUGCAUGUGUUCACGCAGGUGUUACACAGCUCAGUUCUUCUCCACCAGGAAAAGCAGAAAAGACCAAACACAUCAAAUGCACUGGAAUGUAAUUGUGUGUGUGCGUGUGUGUGUGUGUUCUUAAACUGAAUGCAGUCUGACAUCCUCUACCCCUUCUUUCUUCCAUGUGCCUCACCUUCCCCCUUAGCCACAGAAAGGAGGGUCUCUUCCUGCCAAUCCCAUGCUGGAAGUUGGUUUCUGGGAAGCGAAACCUAAUGUCUGUGGUCUGUUUUUUAAAGCCAUUUUUCAGUUCUGUCUUCAGACUCUUUGCUGCCUUUGGGGAAUGGAGGGGUGGGAAGGGUAGAUUCUUAAACUGUUUUUAAAAUCUAUUAUGGAAAUUUUGCAUGUAUAAAGUUGUUCUUAAAUCUAAAAGGAGUCUCCCUGAUUUGUGGACAUGGUUCCAGGAGAGCAUCGUCACAGAUUCCUCAGCUCCAGUUUUGAUCAAUCAAUUCUGAAAAGUUCAUGAUAAAAGGAGGAGAGACCAGUGUGAUGGAAAGAUGACAUGUCAAUAUCUCCUUAAACAAAUGUCAAAAGUUAGGCUUGUAAGAUGGAAAUUUCAAAACAGCCCAAAGGAUCCAAAUGUCUGUUUCCAGUAAGUGCAUUUGAAAAUCCUGCCACUAAAUUUGAGGUUGGGUAUCUAGACUAUUGGGUUUUUUUGGUAAAACUAAUAAUGUAUCUCUUCUUCUGUUCUCUCUUCAAUGGUAUUGAGUACAGUCUCCUAUGUUUCUAGGUAAAAAUCACUUACACAAUUAUUGUGAAAUAUGGAUUCACAUUUUCUCCCUCCCUUUCUUGCAUGACUUUUCUACUUUGGUGGGAUACUAUUUUUUUCUUCUUUUUUAAAGCUUCAGAAUCCUUUAUCUGGAAAACAAAAAGGGUAAGGUGAUCUAGAAUUCACAAUGUACUUAGUAAACUUUCCCUCAGUUGAGCAUUUCCCUAUGAGUUCUGAUAUUCACCAGAAUAUUAUACUGUCCUGCUGCAGAAGUAAACUCGAUGCUCUCCUGUGAGAUUUCUGUCUGGAUUAGUCCUGAAGUGCACACACCUUCUUUGCCAUGGACUGAGACCCAGUGAGAAUGUAGCAUUUUGUUUAUCCUGGUCGUGUGCCUCCAGGACUCCUGCCUGUACCCAUGGUGACUGGGCAGAGCUCCUUUUUUUUGUAUCUGUGCAGUAUAUUUGCUUUGUGCUUUCUUUCUUUGGUGCUUUUUAAUACUUUAAUACUUGGAUUUUUUUUCUAAUAACUGGUACAAUUUUUAAUAAAAUUGUUAAAUUC